AAUAUGUUCCCUCAACAUUAACAGAAGAUAGUCCACUACCAAGUGUUAAUGAAGCCUUAGUGGUUUUACAAAAUCAAUCUUCUGCUAUAAAGGAAACUAGUAAGAAAGCAAGCCUAAACAGUAAGAAUAACAAA